AUGGAAGAGUUCCCUGAGCAGCAGGGGGGAGGGCCGGUGCUGGUCCGCCGGGGGCCCCCGGAGCCCCCAGGCCUGCAUAAGACGCUGAAGUCCCGGCUACAGGGGAGCUGUGUGUGCAGCGUGCAGAGGGCCCGGGGGCUGCUCCUGGACCUGUUCCCCGUCACCCGCUGGCUGUGCCGGUACAGCCUGCGGGAGGACCUGGCGGGCGAUGUCAUGUCCGGGCUGGUCAUCGGCAUCAUCCUGGUGCCCCAGGCCAUUGCCUACUCGCUGCUGGCUGGGCUGCAGCCCAUCUACAGUCUCUACACAUCCUUCUUUGCGAACCUCAUCUACUUCCUCAUGGGCACCUCCCGUCAUGUCUCCGUGGGCAUCUUCAGCCUGCUCUGCCUCAUGGUGGGGCAGGUGGUGGACCGUGAGCUCCUGCUGGCUGGCUUCGACCCUGCCCAGGACGGCCCGGGGCCCGGGGACAACAGCAGCACCCUCAAUGCUUCCGUCACCACGCUGGCGCUUGGGCUGCAGGACUGUGGGCGUGACUGCUACGCCAUCCGUGUGGCCACCGCUCUCACGCUGGUGACCGGGAUUUACCAGGUCCUCAUGGGCGUCCUCCGACUGGGCUUCAUGUCCGCCUACCUCUCGCAGCCGUUGCUUGACGGUUUCGCCAUGGGGGCCUCGGUGACCAUCCUGACUUCCCAACUGAAGCACCUGCUGGGCGUGCGGGUCCCCCGGCAUCAGGGGCUGGGCAUGGUGGUCAGCACGUGGCUGAGCCUGCUGCGCAGCGCCGGACAGGCCAACCUGUGUGACGUGCUCACCAGCACCGUGUGCCUGGCUGUGCUGCUGGCCUCCAAGGAGCUCUCGGACCGCUGCCGGCACCGCCUGAAGGUGCCACUACCCACGGAGCUGCUGGUCAUCGUGGUGGCCACGCUCGUGUCCCACCUCGCGCAGUUCCACGCUCGCUUUGGCUCCAGCGUGGCCGGCGACAUCCCCACUGGCUUCGUGGCCCCCCAGGUGCCGGACCCGGGGCUGAUGUGGCGCGUGGCCCUGGAUGCCGUGCCCCUGGCCCUCGUGGGUUCCGCCUUCUCCGUCUCGCUGGCAGAGAUGUUUGCCCGCAGCCACGGCUACCGCGUGCGUGCCGACCAGGAGCUGCUGGCCGUGGGCUGCUGCAACGUGCUGCCCGCCUUUUUCCACUGCUUUGCCACCAGUGCCGCCCUGGCCAAGAGCCUGGUGAAGACGGCCACCGGCUGCCGCACACAACUGUCCAGCGUGGUCAGUGCCACCGUGGUGCUGCUGGUGCUGCUGGCCCUGGCCCCACUGUUCCGGGACCUGCAGCGGAGCGUUCUGGCCUGCGUCAUCGUUGUCAGCCUGCGGGGGACCCUGCGCAAGGUGAAGGACGUCCCGCAGCUGUGGCGGCUCAGCCGGGCCGACGCGCUGGUCUGGGUGGCCACAGCGGCCAACUGCGUGCUGGUCAGCACCGAGGCCGGGCUGCUGGUGGGCCUGCUCUUCUCGCUGCUCAGCCUGGCUGGCCGCACACAGCGCCCACAUGCUGCCCUGCUUGCCCGCAUCGGGGGCUCCGGCUUCUACGAGGACGCCACAGAGUUCGAGGGCCUGGUUCCCGAGCCGGGGGUGCAGGUGUUCCGCUUCGCAGGGCCACUCUACUACGCCAACAAGGACUUCUUCCUGAGAUCCCUCUACAGCCUCACGGGGCUGGACGCGGGGCAUGUGGCCGCCAGGAGGAAGGAGCGGGGCCUGGAGGCCAGGGCCAGCGAGGGAGAGCCCGCUGAGGACCAGGACCGGGACCCAACGAGCAGUGGGGCUGCUCUGGUGCCCACGGCGGCUGGCUUCCACACAGUGGUCAUUGACUGCGCCCCACUGCUGUUCGUGGACGCAGCCGGCCUGGCCACACUGCGGGAUCUGCGCAGAGACUACGGGGCCCUGGGCAUCACCCUGCUCUUGGCCUGCUGCAGCCCCUCAGUGAGAGACGCCCUGAGGAGAGGGGGCUUCCUUGGGGGGGACCAAGGGGACCAGGGAGAGGAGGGGCAGCUGUUCCACAGCGUGUACAGCGCUGUGCAGGCGGCCCGAGCCCACUACAGGGAGCAAGCGCCCGCCAACUCCUCGCUCUAG